GUUUAGCUCUGGUGCCAGUCAUGUCGCCGUGGGCGGCUUGCGAUUCUGGCGUGUGUGGCCGCAGAUCUCACCGCUACGCAAGUUUGGAUCCGCCGGCCCCUACAUGGCGUCAUAGAUGUCACAGAUGGCACCGGUUUGCGUUUGUACUUUCUGUGGCAGCAGGCACCAUAUUCUCCCUCCACGUGCUGCCGCCGCUGCGCAAUGGCGGCGCCAUUGGACCGCGCGCUCACCCCGAAGCAGCGGCUGGCGACACCGGUUUUGUAGCGGUUGUAGACGGCGUGAAAGUAAAGGUGUACAAUUCAUACGGCGACGGCACGGGCACCGGCAUCCUCGAGUGGCGACCCAACAAAUCUGACAGGUUGGCGGAGCCACAUCGGGCGACGACGCUGCAGAUUGAAGCCUGGCCAGGAACGUUGCAGGCCGUGGAGAGCGAGGAAUUCAGGUGA